AGACGGCCAUCCUGUGGGCCCCACUUGAUGAAGAGAGAGGUGUACGCGUAGCAGCCGCACGAGUGCAAGAGUGGCAGGCAGGCCGGCCCAGCCCAUCAUCCUAGCAGCUACCAGUGCAAGCAAUUCUCUCGGCACCACGACCCCCACUACUCGACUCGAUCGCCGUCGUCUCGUUAACCCGCCGCCUCCCUGUCCUCUCCUCUUCCACCUCUCCGUUCAUCAGUUGCCGUUGCUCUCCAUCGAUCGUCCACCAGACCUUCAUAAUUACUGCCCCACUAUCCUAUCAUAUAUCUAGUACUAAAGAGGAGCUGAAUCGCCUAGCUACCCAUAUAUAUAGAGAGAGAGUUCCUGGCUAGCUGCUUGUCACGUGGAGCGCCAAGGUCAGAGCAGCAGCCCACCUGCAGGAUCGAGCGGUCGAUUCGAUGGCCGCGGUGGUGCCGGAGGACGACGGCGCGACGGCUGUGGCGGUGCGGGAGUUCGACGGCCACUGCGACCGCGACCGCGCCGCCGUGGAGCGGCUGGAGCGCGCCUGCGAGGUUGGCCCCAGCGGCGGCAAGCUCUGCCUCUUCACCGACCUCCUCGGCGACCCGCUCUGCCGCGUCCGCCACUCGCCGGCCUACCUCAUGCUCGUCGCGGAGGCUGCGGGCGGGCCCCUCGGCGGCGCGCCGGAGCUCGUCGGCGUCGUGCGCGGCUGCGUUAAGACCGUGGCGUGCGGCCGCGGCAGCAGCCUCUUCUCCAAGGUCGCCUACCUCCUCGGCCUCCGCGUGUCCCCGGGCCACCGCCGGCGGGGCAUCGGCCGCCGCCUGGUCGAGCGCAUGGAGGAGUGGUUCCGGCAGAUGGGCGCCGAGUACGCCUACGUCGCCACCGACCGCGACAACGAGCCGUCGGUGCGCCUCUUCACCGCGCGCUGCGGCUACGCCAAGUUCCGCACCCCCUCCGUGCUCGUGCACCCCGUCUUCCGCCACGACCUCGCGCCGUCGCGCUCGGGCCGCCUCGCCGUCGUCGAGCUCGCGCCGCGCGACGCCGAGCGCCUCUACCGGGAGCGCCUCGGCGGCGUCGAGUUCUUCCCGCGCGACAUCGACGCCGUCCUCUCCAACGCCCUCUCGCUCGGAACGUUCGUCGCCGUGCCCGCCGCGACGGCGCGGCCGUGGCGCGGCGUGGACGCGUUCCUGGCCUCACCGCCGGGGUCGUGGGCGGUGGCCAGCGUGUGGAACUGCAAGGACGCGUUCCGCCUCGAGGUGCGCGGCGCGCCCAGGCUGUGGCGCGCAGCGGCGCGCGCCACCCGCGCCGCCGACCGCGCUCUCUCGCCGUGGCUGCGCGUCCCGUCCGUGCCCAACCUCUUCGAGCCGUUCGGGAUGCACUUCCUCUACGGCCUCGGCGGCGCCGGCCCGGACGCGCCGCGGAUGGCGCGCGCGCUGUGCCGGCACGCGCACAACCUGGCGCGCGCCGCCGGGGCGCGCGUCGUGGCCACCGAGGUCGGCGCGUGCGACCCGCUCCGCGCCGGCGUGCCGCACUGGCCGAGGCUCGGCGCCGAGGACCUCUGGUGCAUCAAGAGGCUCGCCGACGGGUACGGCGACGGCGCGCUCGGCGACUGGACCAAGGCGCCGCCGGGCGGCUCCAUCUUCGUCGACCCGAGGGAGUUCUAGGCGGUUCAGAUAAUUAGCAUAAUCAGUUUUGAGUUGAGUCUACCGUGGAUCUCGCAUCCGACGGCCGGAAGCGAUUCGGCUGGCCUUUUGAAUUGAAAGACCUGUCCAUAUAUAGUUUCAUCUCUCUCUUUUUUUGUUUUAUUUUCUCAUCUAGUGUAAUGAUGUAGACAAAAUGAGUUUUUGAAGUUAAUCAAGUAGAGUAUGGUAUGAUUAGUGGAAUGGAAAGGGCCUUGCUUAAUUUGUGCCCUGCCUCAA